CAGACCGCGCGUGCGCACUGGUAGCCGAGACUGUGGCGGUGCGGCAAUGGAACCCGUGGAGCUGCAGAACGAGCUAGUGUCAGCAGAGGGCCGGAACCGGAAGGCGGUACUGUGCCAGCGGUGCGGCUCCCGGGUGCUGCAGCCGGGGACGGCUCUCUUCUCCCGCCGGCAGCUUUUCCUCCCCUCCAUGAGAAAGAAGCCGGCUCUGGCUGAUGGCAGCAAUCCUGAUGGUGAUCUCCUGCAGGAACACUGGCUGGUUAAUGACAUGUUCAUCUUUGAGAAUGUGGGCUUCACCAAGGAUGUGGGCAACAUCAAGUUUCUGGUCUGUGCAGACUGUGAGAUUGGACCUAUUGGCUGGCAUUGCCUAGAUGACAAGAACAGUUUCUAUGUGGCCUUGGAACGCGUUUCUCAUGAGUAACUGAGAGGAGAGGGAUUCAGCUCCACCCUAGCUAUAAAGGCCCUCCCCACAAGAACUGACGAGGAACCUGGUGUAACUGCUGUGCUGCCAGUCUUCUCUGUACUGAUAUAAAUCAUGAGCACUGUAUAAAAUGAUGUGCCCUUGAAAUUGAACAGGGCCAGUCCUACUUCCUUCCAGCCUCUGUGCAUGCCUCCCAUUUAGUCCCCUUUGUAUCACCACUUGUCCUAACCUUCCUUUUCUGUAGUUCUGGAACAAAGUAGUACCUCUACAAGUUAGUCUCACCCCUGGCAUUCCACCUAGACACCUACCCAGAGCUCCCUUUUUUCUGCUCUACAAGAGCAGUAGUCAACUCUAGCCAAGAUGAUAUAAAAGAGGCUUGUUUGCUAAUAGUUAAAUUUUGCCCUUUUUGACUCUCAUUUAAGAAGCCAGGCAUAGUGGUACAUACCUGUAAUCCUAGCACUUAGGAAGUUUAGGCAGGAAGAUUGGGAGUUCAAGACCAGCUUCAGCUACAUAGUGAGUUCUAGGCCAGCCUGGGCUACAUGAGACCCUGUCUCAAAAGACAAACAAAAACAUAAGCAUACAAAUAUCUAAGAGUACUUUGUUGUAUGUAACCUACUUAUCUACAGUAAUUUAUUCUUUUUAAAAGUAAAACAGCUGGGCAUGGUAGUGCAUGCCUCUAAUCCCAGCACCAUGGAGGCAAGGGCAGGCAGAUCUCUGAGUUCUAGGCUAGCCUGAUCUGCAUAGCAAGUUCAGGGCCAGGAAUGCACAGUAAAACCCUUUCUCAAGAAAAAAAAUUUACAAACUUCAAUAUUUAAACCACUAAUCAGAAACUUGCUUUAAACACAUUUCCAAUGCUAUGUUUGGGGGGCUUCUUUCUGGGUGGAUACUGACGCCUUAUAGUGAAGAUGAAUGUGGUCCUUCUUCCCUCAAAUCUUGACAUGGCUUGUCUUUUUAUUAACUCCUCACUGCUACAGUUGUGUUGUCAACCCUGAGAGAAACCUAGUCCCAGCUGUUUACCGGGCUUUCAUACCAACCCAAAUGCAAAUGUUUUUAAUGAAAAUAUCUGUUUCUAUUGUUA